UACAAAAGAAAUCAGUUAAUUAUUUUCUUCAUUAUUUUCGAUUUUAGUUGGCAUGAGUUAUUCAUACUUUCAAUAUUUGCUUUCAAACAUUUGCUGUGAUAGUAUCAUUGUUCAUUGGGGCCAAUGAAAAAAGAGUAAGUCUUUGGCUUCAGCAUUCUAACGUGCCACUGCACUUAGAAUACAUAAUUAAAUGUUGUGAUAAAUAAUUAUUCUGUCAUUCUUCUCCUAUAAAAUUGCUCACCCAUCAGGUAACUUGAUUUCUGCAUUUUUAUACAAAUACUAGAAUAAUUGGUUAGUUGGCAAAGGAACAUUUAACCCAAACACUACUGUAACCCAAAUAGACAAGAAAAUGAUAUAUCAUGUAGGAACAAGGUAAAUAUGGAUGAAAAUUCUUAGAAAAAUCUGAAAUAGCCAUGCGAGAAGAUAUACUCAGCCAGCAUCCAAUGCCUCUCAAGAAAAUACAAAGAAUGUAUUCUUCUAGAAGGCAUUACUGAGUGCGAAAAAAAAUGGGUAGAAGUAAGAAAACUUAAGCUUCCUUGAUGAACUACAUUAGCUCCAUUUCUUUCCAGGACCUACUGGCUUUGCGUGAGCUACUGCCCUUGUGACUGCAUGCCAUCCAGGGCUCUGACCAUGGGAAUCAUCUUUGUCUCUCAGACAGGAGUCGGAUUCCUAGGAAACAUCCUGCUCCUUCUCUGCUAUGGCUUCCUUUCCUGCACUGGACGAGGGAUAACACACAUGGAUUUGAUUCUCCAUAACCUAAUUGUAGCCAACUGCUUGGUUCUUCUUUCAAAAGGCAUUCCUCAGACCAUGGCAGCUUUUGGGCUGAAAUAUUUCAUGGACGAUUUUGGAUGCAAACUAGUUUUCUAUGUUCAUAGAGUGGCCAGAGGGGUGUCUCAGAGUGCAACUUCUCUCCUGAGUGGCUUCCAGGCCAUCACAAUCAGCCCUAACAGCCCCCAGUGGAUGGAGCUCAAGGUCAAAGCCCUCAAAUCUGUUCGACUUUCCAUCGUCCUCUGCUGGACCCUUCACCUGUUGGUGAAUAGUAUUGUUCCUAUGUAUAUUACAGCGAUGGGGGAAAGCAACAAUCUCACAGGGAAAAAAGACUUAGGGUACUGUUCUGGCAUAAUUAUUGACAGAAGUAUAUCCUUAUUGUAUUCAAUGAUGUUUUCCUUCACUGAUGUGUUGUAUUUGGUGUUAAUGAUUUGGGCCAGUGGCUGCAUGUUGUUCAUUUUGUACAGACAUAAGCAGAAGGUCCUACACAUUCACAGCAAAAGCCUCUCUCCCAAAUGCUUCCUGGAGACAAGAGCCACCCACAGCAUCCUGAUGCUAGUGAGCACAUUUUUCUGUUUUUAUGCACUGUCUUCCUUCUUUACUUUCUAUAUGUCCCUCUUUGAUAAACCCAGCUGGUGGCUGGUGAAUACCUCUGCCCUUAUGGGUUCAUCUUUCCCCUGUGUUAGCCCCUUUGUGCUCAUCAACAGAGACCCCCAUGUCUCUAGGCUGUUGUAUACCUGCGGCACAAAGAUCAAUGAGUUUUGUAAAUGGGUCAUAGCAUGAAAAUCCAGAAUGCUGCAUACUGUCCAUGUAUCAGUUCACCCUGCCAUAUUUUAUAUAGUAUUUAUAUUUGCUAAAUCAGUUAGCGGCUAGGAUCAAAACAAGAUAGACUGAGUGUGAUCACAAAAUUAUUUCAUUUACAGAUAGCCAGACAUGCAAAAGGAGGGGCUUCUCAUUUCUACUUUGCCUACAUCAAAUAAAGGUGUUUUUCUUUUCUUUUCUUUCUUUCUUUUUCCACAGGCAGAGUGGACAGUCAGAGAGAGAGAGAGAGACAGAGAGAAAGGUCUUCCUUUGCCGUUGGUUCACCAUCCAAUGGCGUCCGUGGCCAGCGUGUUGUGGCCAGUGCACCAAGCUGAUCCAAAGGCAUACUGGCUGUUGAGUGAGAACUGACUCCAGAAGAAAUAAAGGUGUGUACAAGGAUAGCAUUCAGAUGAGCAGUGCAGAAAGUCAAGUAAGAGAGAAUGGAGGAAGGUGGGUUCAGAUUCUAGCAGUUAGGAUUCCAGUUAGGAUGCCCAGAGUCCCUGUGCUCAAGACCUGAUUUCUGCUCCUGCACACCUGGGAAGCAUUAGUUGAGGGCUAAACAAGUUGGAUUCCUGCCGUAAGAGUGAGAGAGCUAGACCCAUUCCUGGCUUUCAAAUUCAUCCUGGUUCAACGACAAUCACUGGAAGAAUCUGAUGUAGUGUGUCAGCAGAAGAGAGCUGUCUGUCACUCCCUGUAUUCCUGUCUUUCUGGUUAUAAAUGAAUACAAUAAAAAUUUUAGGAAAAAAUUUGUGCUUUGCCAAUGCUGGCGGCUGGUAUGGUGAUGAAAGUUACCUGUAAUCUUGAUGAAUUUUGUAGAUGAAACCAGCAGAAAUGCUUGUAGAAUGGGAUGCAUGGAGUGAGGAAGCCUUAAUGUGCUAAGCAUGGUGUUGUGAUUUUGUUCUCAGUUGAAGGAUACAGCUGUAAUCAACUGAGCUAGGGCAGGAUACAGUCAGAGAAGAGCUGGAAAAAAGGUCGGGAAUGAGGUUUGACUAGGUGGAGUUUGUGACUUUGUUGGACAUCCACGACUAGGUUACAGAUGAAUGUGGAGUUGUGGAGGGAGAUCUGGAAAGAGGGAAACUUUGGAAAUGUUUGCUUUCUUCUAUUUAUUGUUGAUACUGGAAAAGAUUCCCAAUAUGAUGUACAUAAAUCUAGGAUUAAUGAUUGAGGUGUGGGGUCUUUUCUUAUUAAGCAAUAGGAGAAGUGGAGGAACUCGCCAACCCAAUAUAAAAAAAAAUUGAACUACAUCACCUGUAUCUACAGCUACUGAGAAAUUUAAGUAAAAUAUAAGAUAUGAUUCUUGGCUUAGAGGUUUGUUCAUGUAUUAGAUUUGCAGGUAAAAACCUCAGAUUAGAAUUUGUCCAGAAGUGCAUAGGAACUGAAGAACUGGAAAGACUAAAAAUGUUCCAAAAAUGUUCCCUUGUGAAAAGUGAGAAGAGAAAUCACAGAAGCAUGAAACAUACAGGAUAAACAAGCUAGCAUAGUUAUUUUAAGAAGAGUAGCACUGGGGCUGGUGCCGUGGCUCACUGGUUAAUCCUCCACCUGCAGUGCCAGCCUCCCAUAUGAGCACCAGGUUCUAGUCCUGGUUGCUCCUCUUCCAGUCCAGCUCUCUGCUGUGGCCCAGGAGGGCAGUGGAGGAUGGUGCAAGUGCUUAGGUGCCUGCACCCACAUGGGAGACCUGGGGAAGCACCUGGCUCUUGGCUUCAGAUCAGCGUAGCUCCGGCUGUAACAUCCAUCUGGUGGGGUGAACCAAGAGAAGGAAGACCUUUCUCUCUGUCUCUCCUUCUCACCUUGUAAAUCUUUAUGUCAAAAAAAAGAAAGAGGAGCAAUGCCAUUUGUAAAAGAGACUGAAAGAUAUUGAGGAGCUGUAACAUGCUGGUAACCUUUUUUUUUAAGAUUUAUUUCUUUGUUUGAAAGAGUACAAGGAGAGAGGAGAGGCGGGGGGACGGAGGUUCCUUUCACUGGUUCACACCCAAAUUGGCUGCAAUGUCCAGAGCUGCGCCAAUCCGAAGCCAGGAGCUUCAUCCAGGUCUCCCAUGUGAGUGCAGGGGCAUAAGGACUUGGGCCAUCUUCUACUGCUUUCCCAGGCCACAGCAGACAGCCGGAUCAGAAGUGAAGCAGCCGGGACUCAAACCAGCUCCCAUAUGGGUUGCCAGCACUUAAACCAUGGAUUUAAACGCCUGCGCCAUAGAGUCAGCCCCAACUUUUGAUUAUCUGUUCAGAGAUUUGAUGAACCAAGAGUCAGAACACUCAGAAGGGUGUCUGGGCAGAGGGAAAGCAAUAGUGGCCGUCCUCCCAAAAAGAAGUGAUUUUCAGUUUCAGUGGAACACAGCAAAGUUUCCAUCACUACUCUUUCUUUCUGAUCCUUGAGAGACAGCCAGUAAUCGCUGGUAAUUGUUUUUGGCAAUUGGCAGAAGAGACAAAAGUUUCUUAGAGCUACCCUCAACUCCCCAAGCAGUCACUCUCAUUAUUGAAACAGGUGGUAGCCUAAUCAUGCUCUAGAGGGAAGCAAGGUGAGAGAAUUUUAAAUGACCUCUUCUGGGUUUUGCUGUCUUCCUCCUGCCUCACUCCCAACCUCUGAGUGUCAUCAUUGCUCCAACCUCCUUGAAAAAGGCAACACUUUAGGAGACUACAUCUCCAUCCUGGAGAGAGGCUCCCAAGAAAAUGGCUCUGUAUUGGGGCUGUAAGGAGAAUCCCUGGAAACAUUCUGAGCCUUGACAGAGGUGGCACUGGUGCUGGAGCGUAGACAUGAGAGUCCACUCAAAGAAGAGGGAUGCUUGUUAAGGUCUGAUCCAAACUCCUCAAGAGGAGCUGAUGGUAAG